UCCAAAAUGACCAGGCUUUAUAUUCAAUACCUUGAAAACACUCCGGUAUCAUUAUUUACUCAAAAGUUGCCUGUCCCUGAAGGAGAAGAGCCUAAUAUUUCUGACCUGAUUGCAGCAGUCAAGCAAGCACUUCCAUCAAAACUUGGUGAUAUAGACCCUGACGAGCUCACUCUUCAUUUUGUGGUGGAUGGAGUGGAAAUGACUUACAACUCCUGGGAACCCAUUACUGUUCUCAAAACAAACGGAACUGUUGGUUCUAACCCACUCAUUAUCAAGUCGAAGAGUGGUGUGAAUGUUGUAAAGUUUUACAAUCCAAACCAAAUUCCCAUGACUGCCACUGGUCUCUUGGAAUGGCUUUCUGGGUCGAAUGUUAAUUCUGCAGUUGAUUUGACUGACAAACAAGUGCUAUCUCAGCAGCAAACCAAUCCUAAUCAAAAAGUUGUAUUUCCGCUGGCUGGUCGAGAGCAGUCGCUCCAGCACAUUGCAUCCUGCUUUAUUGCCACCUAUCGACACCGCAGCAAUAUUGAUCGGAAUUCAAGACCUAUUCCUGUUUGUGCUGGUAUGCCGGGAUUGGGAAAAACUCGACUUAUGACAGAGUGCUCUACCACAGUUUUAGACAUGACAGGGAUUCAAGGCAAACGACUUUCGGCAAUUGUUUCUUUUGGAAAUGACACGAACCCAUAUGGCGAGAUUGACAAGGUCCUUGGAAUCAAAUACUCAUUUGCCUGGAGAUUGCUCCAUUCGUUUUUCAAGGCGCAAUACAUGUUUGAUGAUUGGAUGCGUAGAAAGUCACCAAAGAACAGAAGCGAGCUCACAAUGCAAUUAGCUUUAUCGACCAUUGAACUUUAUUGGAGUCAGAAAACUCAAGACGACAUACUUUUAUUUGUCGGAGUCGACGAGUAUCAAAAACUCUGUCAAGAUGAACUGAAGUCUCUGCUGGAUAUCUUGUGUGCUUCUUCUUAUCGUCUUACAACGUCAAAGCUUACAUUUUUCUGUAUGUUGGCGGGAACUGACCUGAACAUGACUCGUAUUGCUCGAUCAUCACACCCUAAUACUGAGAGAACGCCAAUCCGGUUUCUAACUCACAUGGAAUCAAUGGAAGCUAUUGGUCCUUUUAUUUCGGAUACACACUGUGGAUUCGUGGUCAGCGAAGCCUUUUCUCAAAAUGUCUUUUAUCUAGGCGGAGUGCCAAGACUACUGACUAAUUUUGCAAAAAAAGUUGUAUCCAUGAAGCCGAAUGAUCUAACCGAACACAAUUUUCAGGGGGCAAGAAUAGCUGCGCUUUCAAACUUGCAAUAUCCUCAAUUGUCACUCGCUGAUAUUUUGAAGCUACUGGCGACUUCUUUUACAAACACGCCUGUCACAGAUGUACGAAUAUGUCCGUUUUCUGAAUCAUCGCUACCUUCUGCAAGAGACCUUACUUGGAAUCAAAUGAUCUCAAACGGGAUAUGCCAGCUUCAAGAUGAUGGUCGAGUGAUUAUACCGUUCCAUAUCAUUGUUCAGGUUCUGAAGAGACCAUUGAAUGAAAGGGUCGGUCUGAACCAAUUUGAAACAGCACUCCUAUCAUCGUUGAAUAGUUUGUCGCUUGACGUUGGUUAUCCAUUUUUUGGUAUACCUUGUUGGCUAUUGUGGGAGUAUUUUGGUGCUAGUUUCUACUGUAUCAGAAUCAACUCGUUUCUUGUAUUGGGAAUAUCGAUAGUUUCUUUGUCUGAUAUACUGCAUGGAUCGCGGUUUGAUUCAGGUAUUUUCAAUACUCAAGUUCACAUCAGAAUUGCUGAAGUUUUCCAAUCAAACGAGCAAUAUGGACCUGAUAUGCCACGGAUGAUCACUCGGAAACACGACAGCUAUUAUUCCGUUGACUGGGUUGACGGCGAGACAUUGCAAAUUGUGCUCAAUGGUGAGAAUGGACCAGGAGUGAAUAUAUACUUUAUUCUGAAACGCGCAAAAUACUCUGGCUAUAUCAUAGUUUUGGAUCAACGAAAACGACUUGGUUCUGAUAUUACAAACUCGGAUCUGACCACUUUCCGAUCAAAAUUACCGAACCCGCCAGCAUUUUUAAACAAGUUCAAGUUGGACUCUGUUUUUGGUCUGAUGAGCAUAUAUUCAGAGAUCAACAUUAGUUCUGUUCCAGAUUCAACGUAUUUUGUUUCUGCAUCAAAUUCUCUAGAUUUUCAUGGUUCACUCUCUGGUCAUCCAAGGUGUUCUAUGGCCAUUGACGUGAAUUCUGCAUCGAAAACCUCGAUUAAACAAAUAUUCUGCGGUACCAAUGAUGAUCAAACGGAUUUGGCAAACAAGGUCAUUAAACAGCGCUACAGCAAACGCAUUGCAAACUAUGAUGAACUUGAAUCAUUGGUGUUAGAAUGGAGUGGAAAGUUGGACGAGUCGGCUCAUGCAAGAAUCAAGUUUUAAAAACCUGGCUAGUAUUUACAUUUUACUAUUUAUCAGUCAUAAAUGUAGAAGGUGUAAAACAUGAGUUCAAGUAUUGAUUUUAUCGAAUUCAGCAAGUGGUUGAUUGCAAUAAAUGAACGCUGACUAGAUGUUGGCAUGUACUACACAAAAAUCAACC